CCCUUGAAUCAAAACCCUAAAAUAAAUCGAUCUCCCCCUUUUCUCUCUCGGCCGGCUUCUCUCUCUCUCUCUCUCUCUCUCUCUGAUAUUCAAAGAUGGUGUCAACAACUCAAUUCGAUGAAGAAACCGUGAAGAAAAUCAUUCGACAGGUUGAGUUCUAUUUCAGUGAUAGUAACCUCCCAAGAGAUAAUUUUCUCAGAAACACCAUUACUGAGAGUGAAGAUGGCAUGGUAAGCUUGGCAUUGAUAUGCUCUUUUUCUCGGAUGAGAGGUCAUCUGGGAUUGGGGGAUAUAAAGGCUGAGGAUGUUUCCGAUGAUACAGUCGAAGCUGUUGCUCAGACGUUAAAGACCAAUUCAACUACACUUAAAAUUUCUGAUGAUGGGAAGAAGGUCGGAAGGACUACGGAGCUUCUAAAACCAGAAGAGGCGAUUGAGCAGUUAGAUAGUAGAACAGUUGCUGCAUCACCCUUUGAGUAUGAUAUAAAGCUUGAGGAUGUGGAGUCCUUCUUUGGACAAUCUGCCAAGGUUAAUAGUGUGAGGUUACCUCGUCAUGUUGUGGAUAAGAGGGUCUUAUGUGGGACCGCACUUGUUGAAUUCGCAUCUGAGGAAGAAGCCACACACAUUCUCACACAAAGCUUAGUUUUUAGAGGUGCUGAGCUGGAACUAAAACCCAAGAAAGAGUUUGAUGAGCAGAGAGCAAAGGAGGAAGAAGUUGAGAAUAGCCGGCGUGAUCGUAAAAACGCUUCUCAGGAAGAAGACUACCCAAAAGGCUUACUUGUUGCAUUUAAGUUGAAGAGCGCAUCGUCUGAAGACGACGCCGUGAAGAAACCAGAAUCUGUGGCUGAAGAGAGCGUUGAUGUGAAAGCUAGUGCAGAGAAUGAUGAGAAAAACACAGAAGCUAAAAAAGUGUCAAGUUCUGAAAAUGAAGAAGAAGAUGACAAAAAUGAGAAAAAAACGGAGAUAAAGAAAAUGUCUGCAGACAUGUACAAGGAUGAUAAGGAUGUCGUAUUACGUGAGGAUCUCAAGGGUGUUUUCCAGAAGUUUGGUACGGUUAAGUAUAUUGAUUUCAAGAUGGGUGAGGAAUCAGGAUACAUACGGUUUGAAGACGCGGAGGGAGCACGAAAAGCGCGCACUGCUGCUGUGCUUACUGAGGAAGGUGGUCUGGUUGUGAAAAAUUUUGUUGCUGUUCUAGAUCCAGUGACAGGGGAAGCUGAAAAAGAGUACUGGAAUAUGCUCCGUAGUCAAGAGAAAUCUCGAGGAAAUAAAGGCAAUUGGAGCAGGGGAGGAAAGAACAAUAGAGGUGGGCGGCAAUUCAACGGAAAGCACAAUCGCAACUCCAAAGAUGGAAAUCGACCAAACAAGUUUCAAAAGGUUGCAGCUGCUUGAAUACUCUUAAGCUUGGGUGUAGACCUCUUUUUUGGAUUGUUAACGUUGACUGCAAAACGUAUGGUUUAUUAUGUUUAAGCUACUGCUGGAAUUUCCUGCAACUGCUUGCCUAUUGCUGCUCUUUAUCCCUUGUUUUUUUAACUAUUAUAUUACUCUUCGGAUA